UAAUUAUCAUGCUUUAUUUCAGCCCUGGACCUAACAAUACAUAAUGCCUGAAGUCAAAUCGAUGUUCAGAGAAGUGUUGCCCAAACAAGGGCAGUUGUCCAUGGAGGACGUACCCACCAUGGUGAUGUGUAAGCCCAAGCUGAUGCCUCUGAAGUCAGUCACCCUGGAGAAACUGGAGAAGAUGCAACUGGAAGCCCGGAGCAUCAAGCAACAGGAUCUGGCACUGAAAGAGCAGCAGGAGACACAGUAGAACACACGA